GCUCCUCCCUCUCGCUAUUUAUUCCUCCCCGGAGCUGCCGGGGCUGAAUCACCUCGAGCCGAGCAGGGAAGGAGCUGCCAGCCGCCAUGGCCAGGCUCCUGCUCACCUGCUCCCUGGUGGUCCUGCUCCUCGGCAUCUGCACCGACGUCGCCUUCUCCAAGAAGGGCAAAGGCAAACCCGGCGGGGGCGGGUGGGGCACGGGGAGCCACCGCCAGCCCACCUACCCCCGCCAGCCCGGCUACCCCCAGCACCAGGGCUACCCCCAGCACCAGGGCUACCCCCACAACCCCGGCUACCCACACAACCCGGGCUACCCCCACAACCCCGGCUACCCGGGCUGGGGCCAGGGCUACAACCCCUCCAGCGGGGGCACCUACCACAACCAGAAGCCGUGGAAGGCCCCCAAACACAAGACCAACUUCAAGCACGUGGCGGGGGCGGCGGCGGCGGGCGCCGUGGUGGGGGGGCUGGGGGGCUACGCCAUGGGCAGGGCCAUGUCGGGGAUGCACUACCGCUUCGACAGCCCCGACGAGUACCGCUGGUGGAACGAGAACGCCGCGCGCUACCCCAACCAGGUGUACUACCGCAACUACGGCGGCUACGUCCCGCAGGACGUCUUCGUGGCAGACUGCUUCAACAUCACCGUCACCGAGCACAGCAUCGGCCCCGCCGCCAAGAAGAACGCCUCGGACGCCGGGCAGGCCGUCAACCAGACGGAGGUGGAGCUGGAGAACAGGGUGGUGACCAAGGUGAUCCGGGAGAUGUGCAUCCAGCAGUACCGCGAGUACCGCCUGGCCAACGGCAUCCGGCUGCACCUCGCCGACGCCUCGCUCGCCGCCCUCCUGCUCCUCGUCCUCUUCGCCAUGCACUGAGGGGGCCCGGGAUCCCACGGCUUUGAGGUGUCACCCGCGUCCCCGUGGGGACCCCCCCGACCUCCCCGUUCUUGCUUGCGGUCGUCGUUGGUGAAGAGCCCUUGGGGCACGCGGGCGCCGGCGCUCCCCGUCACCUCCUUGGGGUCCCCUCCAUCAGCUCCUUGG